GGGAAAUGCAAUAUGGCAUGCCUCCAUCGUGCGAACCUAACAACAGCCAUCAGAUAGUAACAUCCAGCAAUAGGACAAAACAUGCUCGUUGUCAGCGUCCGCAAUCAUAGGCGCUAAAUCGCAUUAGGCAGUCGACAAGGAAAUCCGCCGUACACUCCGCAUGGACAAGAACGCCGAGAACUACCCUGGACCCUACACAAUUCCUCAUUGGUGCCCUCUGUGUGUUCCUGAUCUUGGUAUUAUCAAGUUUGCUACAAGGACAUCACGAACAGCAUGGUGUUACGCGAUGGAUCUGCUGACGGUGGACCGGUUGUUAUCCGCAACAGACCGAAAAGCUAUUGGCAAUAUUUAUAUCGGGGCGUCGCUGCGACCACAACUUCUUGAGCACCUCCUAGAUCAGACAUCUUUACAGAGUUGGCUCUCUGUCAAUAAUCCCGCAUCAUGAAGGCCAUUGCUCUUAUUGCCGCCGCCUGUGUGACCGCUGUCAUCGCGGAGCCCAAGCAAAUUAAGCCCCGAGCUUUGUUCACCAUCGAGACAGCACCUGGACAGACCGUGCAGAUCACUGAGGAGGAGCGGUGGGAGCUUUCUUCGAACGGAGGAUGUGGAAGCCAUUUCUUCGACAUCACUGAGUUCAACGCCGAGGUCAAGGCAGUCAAAGUCCCAGCUCCAUAUCCAUCUAAGUUCAAGUAUGAGGAAAAUAUCAGGCGCCUUUUCCCCAAGCUCACGUGGGAUAACAUCCGGAAGAACCUUGAACAGUACUCGACCUACCAUACGCGUUUCUCCGAAACUGUCACAGGCACUCAGGCAUCCGAGUGGCUGCUCGCUCAGGUCCAGGAUGUGGUCUUGAAAUCCAAGAAGCAGGGCGUUACUGCUAAGGCCUUCCCGCACGCACUCUGGCCCCAGAAGUCCAUCGUCGUCACGAUCCCAGGGCGCAGUGACAGGACGGUCAUCGUUGGUGCCCACCUGGAUUCCGUGAACGGCGCAAACCGGACCGAGGCACGCGCCCCGGGAGUGGAUGACAAUGCUUCAGGCUCUUUCCUACUCCUUGAAUCACUCCGUGUGCUUUUGGCUGACAAGGACUUUGGCCCAAGCAAGUUGCAGAACACCAUUGAGUUCCACUGGUAUGCGGCGGAGGAGGGCGGUCUUCGUGGUAGCCAAGACAUUUUCACCCAGUAUGCCAAUGCUGGCAGAGAUGUGUGGGCCAUGUUGAACCAGGACAUGGUUGGCUACACCAAGGGUACAAUCAAUGCUGGCAAGCCUGAGAGCUUUGGUGUGAUCACCGAUUUUACUGAUCCGGAGCUGAACGAGUACAUUGGUCGUGUUAUUGACACUUACACUGAUAUUGAGCGUGUUAACAGUGUCUGCGGUUACGCUUGCUCUGACCACGGUUCCGCCACAAGGAAUGGAUUCCCAGCUUCUUUUAUCUUCGAGGCUGCAUUUGAGUAUCGCAACCCUUACAUUCACACUGCCAAUGACACCAUUGAGCACAUUGACCCCAAGCAUGUACUCCAGCAUGGUCAGCUCGUGCUGAGUUUCUUGUACGAACUUGGUUUCAGCAAAAGCAAGUAGAAUGCAGCUUCGCAUCUAGCAUGGGCGGAGUCGUUGAAUCGAGAUACCUAGAGGCGUUGGGUGGCGACGAACUGUUAGACGAGAAAAUACGAUACGAUUGAAUG